AUGCAGUCUAUCAACACGCUCUAUAACCCGGAGAAGGGGGUGACAGACAGGGUCGGCUCGAACAGUGCACCAGCAACGCCCACUUUUGCGCCAAUGACGACGCCCAACACCGAUUCGGAUGAGGACGACUGGAUGAAAUUCGAACUCAGUCUCGAUGAAGAUGUCGACAUGACCUACAGCGGUGAGUCUUACCCCAUCGGGCCGUGCAAAGCCCGUGUGUUCAUCAAAACCCCGGCAGAUGCACUCAGAACCGCCCACAAAUAUUCCAACAGACGUGCACCCGACGGUGUCCAGGCCCUCUUCACCGACGGCUCGGCAUCAAAGCCGCGCCUCAUCACCGCCCCACGCACCACCACCAGCGUCUCGCUCCCCACCGAGCUUUCCUCAGCCAUGGACAUGGAGGACGGCGAGAUCAGCGAAGCCAUCGACGACAGCAAGCCCGCCACCAUCACCACAACCGCACGCUGGUGCUCCUGCGCCGUCGUCCUGCGCCCCACCCCAGACGACCUCAUCUGGACCCGCCUCGGCUUCACCCUGCCGGCGCACAUCACGCAAAGCACCGACGCGGAGCUCGCGGGUCUCGCGCGCAGCUUCGAAUUCGCCCACGACCACUUCGCCAACAACAGCGCCAUCCACACCAUCCUCAUCUUCUGCGACUCCGUCGGCAUCCUGCGGCGCCUCACGACGACGACGACGACGAAAACAGCCCUCACCACAUCCACCACAUCCACCACAUCCACCACAUCCGCCACGUCCACCGCCACGCGCGCCACCACCGGCACGCAACCACCCAACUGGAACGCCAGCGACCUCAAGCUCGUCCUCGAGUUCGCCGACCUCCUCGUCGACGUCUACGGCAAGAGGGUCGAGCUGCACUGGGUGCCCGCGCACGCGGGCGUCGAGGGCAACGAGCUCGCCGACCGCACCGCCGUCGCCGCCCGCCCGGACGUCGUCGACCCCGUCGCGCAUCCCGUCGUCGCCACCGUCAUCAGUGGCGCCGGCGGCGAUCGCAGGGGCAGCGGUGGCAGCAGCGGCAGCAGCAGGGCGAGGGCGAGGCGGGCAUCCAGCACUAGUGGCCGUGGUGGCCAUUCUCGCAGCUUUUCGCAUGCAGGGCAUGCGGGUGGUGGAGGUGCCCUCCCUCCGCGUCUUUGGAGGAGCAGCACUGGUGGCUCUGCGCCUGGGGGACUCGCAUAUGGUGGAUCUGUUGGGCGGGGCUACCGCGGAAACCACCGGAGGUCUGGCUCUUCGUAUGUGCCUGGUGGCCGCCGUUGA